AUGGACACUGGGGAUCGCUUGGGGGACCUCACGGAUGACAUCCUAUGGCAUGUGCUCUCCUUUCUAUCGGCCAACGAGGCCCUGCAGACCUGCGUGUUGGACACCCGGUGGCGUGAUCUCUGGAGGCACACGACCAGCCUGCUCUUCAUAUUUGAUGGGUCAAUGUUCCCAAGAUACAAGCGUUUCGAACAGUUGGUGAAGCUGGUCAUCCAUCUCCGCGGGGAAUCGCCUCUUGUCACGUGCAAGAUCGAUGCAUAUCCCGACGAUGACCCCGAGCACACUUUCACAAACACCAAGCUGUUGAUUGAUUACGCACUGGUGUGCAAAGCUGAGGAGCUAGUAGUAAGAGCUGCAGACAUUCGGUAUGACAUACCAAUGUUUGAUGUGCCUCUCAAUCUCAUCUCCCAACACUUGAAGACCUUGCACCUUGAACGGGUCAACCUCGACCACUCUGAUUUGAAGUUCUCAGGGUGCCCGGUGUUAGAGGAUCUAAGUAUCCAACUUUGCAGCAUUCGUGCAGGCGAAAUAUCAUCCAUGUCACUAAAGCGUCUAUCCAUCACCAACUUUGCAUUCUCCAGCAUUCUCCACUUCUUGAGAUGCUCACUCUCCGGCUUGAGCCUCACAGGAGAAAUGGGGGUCCAAGAAAUGAUCCAAAAAUCAUUUGUGUGUGCGCACCUCAAGGUUGUCAACAUCGAGUGUAAAGAGCUGUGGGAGCCGCCUAGCCGUAGCCAGGAGCAUGCCGCCAUCAACACCAUCACAGGCGGCUUCAGACCUCCGGCGAUUCACUUGGCGCCUCCGCUUCAUCCACCACCACCUGAGCUGGAUUAG